AUGAUUAUCUUGACACGAUCAAGGAGUACGACCUCAAAGGGAAGGUCGUGGCCGUUUUUGGUUGCGGUGACUCCCAGAGCUACGCAGACAACUUCUGUGAUGGCAUUGAGGAGCUUCACAACGCUUUCCAAGCUGCCGGUGCCAAGAUGGUGGGCUACGUGGAUGAAUCUGGCUACUCUUACGAAGAGUCCAAGAGC